CACGCGAUUGACGUUUCUGACGUUUGACCGACAUGAAAAUAAUAUGGUUAAAAUAAAUUAACUCAAUCUCAAACCAUGGAUUUAGUCACCCAAACUAGUCUCGAGGCCCUCCUCUUAAAAGCCACCAACUCUCAAAAUCAAAACAUUGACACGGCCGCCGUCGAGGCUUUCUGCGCCUUAGUAAACAAAGAGAAGGAUGGCCCCCACAUCGGCGUCAAGGUGAUAGCCAACCGGCUUCCCUCGGGCACCGAGCGGGAGCUCCUGCAGACCCUCAACAUCCUCGACACGUGCAUGGGGAAGUGCGGCGGCCAGUUCCAGUCGGAAGUGGGAAAAUUUAGGUUUCUAAACGAGAUGAUUAAGUUAGUUUCGCCGAAAUAUUUGGGUUCGCAGACGCCGUUAGUGGUGAAACAGAAGGUUUUGCAGUUGAUGUAUGUGUGGACGCUGGAUUAUCCCAAGGAGAGUAAAAUCAAAGAAGCGUACGACAUGCUGCGCAAGCAGGGGGUUAUUAAGGAGAUCCCGAACCCGAAUAUCACGGUGCAGAGUGUGAACGCGGUGCGGAAGAAGCCCGCGAACUCGGUGUUCCAGGAUGAGGAGAAAUCAAAAAUUUUGCAGAAGUUGCUGCAGAGUAAGGACCCAGAGGACAUUCAAGCCGCCAAUUGGCUCAUUAAAAGUAUGGUCAAGGAGGAUGAUAAACGCGCAGAGCUUAAAAGCAAACGUGUGUCGGAGCUAGAAUCAGUCCAGAAUAACGUCAGGUUGUUGAAUGAAAUGCUGGACUCUUAUAAACCGGGAAUUUCGUCUGGGGACGAGUUAGACUUAAUUAAGGAACUGCAUCAAAGCUGUGAGCGCCUAAGGCCAAAUUUGAUGAAGCUGGCUGCAGAAACCCAGCAGAAUGAAGAAAUGUUAGGUGAUGUUUUACAAACUAGUGAUGAGCUAAGUCAAGUUUUUAGUAAAUUUAACAAAAUUAUUAUAAAAGGUAUUAGUGUUUUGGACGACGGUAAUAACCCGUUGCUGGAUUUUGAUAACUCUGUGAAUGCCUCGAAUGACGGUGCAAAAUGCCAAAAUACUGAAACCAAAGAGAAUGAAAUUGAUGUCUUAUGUGAUAUUUUUAAUAACUCUAACAUUCCUGAUUCUGCUGAUAUUUUACAACCAACCUCAGUAUUAUCUUGUGAUAAAAGUAACGGUGGGCAAGAACCUGAAGUGAACAGAUUCAAAGCGCUGGAGGAUCUAGACGCACUGAGUGAGCAUUUGUUCAAAGAAAACCUCCAAUCCACCAGACAAAGCAGUUUUAGCAAGAAUCAAGACAAAAUCCCCAUGAAUCUCCUAUCAAAAAUCUCAGAAAUGAAGCCCCCGCAACCCCUCCCUAAACAAGAAAACUCCAUAAAUGAAUCCCUCAAUCUAGACUUAAAUUAUUUAAUUAGUAAACCUAAAGACGAACCCAAAGCCGGCGCGACCGAAAACUCGGGCGACGAUUGUUUGGUGGAUUUAGCGGACGAGAAGCUCCUGGAAGCCGACGAAAGUGCAAUAAACGACAACCAAAGAAAACUUAGUAUAAGCGAAACGACUGUGAAAAACCACGACGUCAAGUUGAGCGACAUUUUCAUCAAACUGGAGGACAUCAAACCCAGCACUGUCCCCCCUCUAACAAUUCUAAACGACAGGAACGGGAUUAGCAUAACGUUGCACUUUGUUAAAGACAAGCCCAGGAACGACGUGCACGUUUUCGUCGUAACCACCAUAAAUAAAAACGAGAUGCCUUUAACGAACUAUUUAUUUCAAGCUGUUGUACCUAAGGGUUGUAAGUUAAAAUUGCAGCCCCCGUCUGCGACGACUCUUCCAUCCUACAACCCCUUCCUACCCCCCGCCGCCAUAACGCAAAUCAUGGUAAUCGCAUGUCCUGAAGAUGUACAACUGUUUCUCAAGUUUAUUGUAAGUUUUGUGAUGGACGACGAGACCUGCACGGAAAUGGGCGAAGUUGAAAAUCUUCCAUUGGUCUAAAGUACUUACUUAAGGCACACAGAUUAGUCAAAGUAUAUUUUUUCUUUAAUUAAUGUCUAAAAUUAUAUCAAUGUGCUUUACUAUUAAGUCGUUCAAACUUAAUGGAGUCAAUUUAAUCCACGGGUUAGUGUCAUUUUAUUAGUGUCAAACUGUAUUCAGAAUUUAAAGGGAUUAUUUGUUCGUUAAUAACCGCUAUGACAUUAAGAUGCGCAUGCGCUUUUUGAGGCAUGUCUACGACACCUUUAAAUUUACUGUACAGUUUAAGCUGCACACUCACUUAAAUCUCAUGACGUUUUUUACACUGUUUAUGUUUACAAGAGACAGGAGAGCAAUGCGGAAGUGCGGCUUUAUACAUAUAGUUCCGACUUUACUUUAUUUUGAGUACUUAGAGACUGAUAAGUAUUUAUAGGAUUUUUUUCUCAACAAGUAAACAAUAUAGAUAGA